AUGGAUUCCGAUAAUGAUUCAACACAGGAUUGUGAAGAAAUUGUUGAGGAAACUUUAAUUCAUGUUGUUGUGGAUAAUGCUGAUGAAAUGUCUAUUUUGAACUCAAACAGCAAUGUACGAGUGAUAGCUGUGGACUCUGAUUCUCCAGCAUUACAAAUUGAAAACAAGAUUUUUCAUUUUAACGAAUGGAGAUAUAUACCUGGGACAGCUAUGUUUUUUGAGCGGAAGAAUGAAGUAAAAAAAAUUGAUCCUCUGUAUGAUAAUAGAUGUGGAACUGUUAUGCAAUAUGUUGGCUCUACUCGCAAAUGUUUAGAAAUGACAAAAAAGGAAAAUACACUUUAA